AUUGGUGGUAAUAACAACAAUAUAAUAUUGUUAAGGGUCAACAAUGAGUAUCUUGUUGCGAGGAAUAUUUUCUUGUAUUAUAAACAAUGUGUCUUGUUAAAAUAAUAUUAAGUAUUAUUAAUAUGAUAAGAAACAUUGUCGGUACAAAGAGUCACGGAAUGAUAAUAUAUCUUGUCAAUAUGACAAUAAUAUUAUAAAAUUGACGAGAUAUAAUUUUGAUUUUAUGAUAAUUAUAAUACAGUUCACAAUAUUGUCUUGUGAACUCUAAAUAACCGCCAACGGCUCAUUGUCUGCGUUACCUACUCGCAUUGUACGAUUGCACCUUGCAAGUUACAGUGUUACUCUUCGCGUCGUUAUUCGGUUUUUGCAGCAAAUUGUGUUUUUAAUUGUUUAAUUUGUACGACAAACGAUUUCGCCGGACUUAAUACGCCGAAAGCUCGUGAUUUUAGAUACAGAAUCUUCUACUGUUGUAAUGCCACUAGUACCAGGGUAUAGCUAUCCGACUGAAGAUCUUCAACCUCUACUAGACUUGCUCAAAGAUUGGGGAUUGGAAUGCGUUUAUCAAACAUUGCUUGCUGAAUUAAUAGAUCUGAAAGUGAUGAAAUUGUUAAAAGAUGAUGAUUGUAAAGAAUUAUUGAAUAAAUUUCCAUUAGGAAUUCGAGUUAAGUUCAUUAAUAAUUUGGAAAAUUGGAAAAAAUGUUUACCUCAAAAUGGAAAUAUGACUACUACAAUUCCAUAUAAUACUCCUACCACAAAAACUAUUCAGCAACAAAAAUCUUUAGUUCAUGAUAUUGAUUUGGGUGUUAUAUUGAACGCAUCAACUACUGGUGGAAUGAUAUUGGAAUAUUAUAAAACUAACAAUAGGUUUAAUGAUAAUAUUAGAUCAUUAUUAGUAGAUGCCAUCAUUAGUUACAUCAUUACCAAAAAAAUGACGAUGUCGGUCAACCUUGCUGAUUUUAUUGGUGAUCAAAUAAUUUCUAUGUUUCCAUCAGAAGUAAAAGAUACAUAUUUUAUGAAGUACGAAUCAAACAAGAAUCCAAAAGGAAAACUUUACUCGAAGUUUUAUAAUUCUAUGAGGUUUUUAAAAUCAACUGGUCUUGUUACAUCAAAUGUAAAAAAUGUUGAUAAGCCUAUUAGUCGCAAACAUUGUAUAGAUUUUGAACCAGAAAAAGACAUCAAUUACAUAGUGGAUCAAAUUAAAAAUGACAAAAAUUGUACAUUUCCGGAAGUUGAACGUAAUUGGAAGGCAACAACAAAGUUUAGGUUAAACGAAAUUCAAAAAGCAACUUCAACAAGUGACAUAAUUAGUGACUGGAAUAGUUUUAAAUUACCUCUUGGAUACCGACUUGUUGAUAUUGACUUCAAAACAUUAUAUCCAGACUGUCAGGACUUGAUGACCACAUUUGAGGAAAAAUCCAAACAAAUAAUGAACUUGAUUGAUGAGAAAAUCAAAGAUUCUUCAAGCCGCAAAUUAUUAGAAAGUAUAAAGGAUACUCCAGACAUAAGUCAAAAUGAAACGAAUACAGUUAUGUUUUAUUUAUUACAUGCCAUUUUUGUGCCGACAUCUAAAAAAGUCACCAGAGAUCAUAAUGGCAAAAUAAACCAAGUGAAACACUCUAUUAAAGAUUCACAAAAUAGCUUCAUGAUUUUUAAGAAUUUCGUUGGUUCACCAACACAUCCAAAAGAAACAAUUGUUUUCUUUGAUUCUAUAAAAUAUAAAGUGUUCUCAAUAAUUAAUGCGAUUGAUGUACUUAUGUUUCAAAUUGAUUCAUUUGUUUAA